AUGGAUUCGCAACGUCUAUGUCUCACUGCUCCAGUCACGCAUCGCAUCUAUACUAGUAUCCACGGCGAUACCCGCAGCCCUCUUCUUGAGGGUGGGGUAUCUCUGCCAAAGUCUUCAGAUGUUGAUUCGCCUGGGCUGUGCCAGAUCAGUGUUCGUCUUGUCCAGACGGUGACUUCGACUGCCGACUGCCUGGCUAGCACCAACAAGAGCCAGCAUGCACUCGAGCAUAUUCGCCGUCGACUUCCCAUUUCACGUCUGGGAAAGACACAACUCAUUCAAUCAUCGUCGACAGUGGAAGAGCUGAAACAAGACAUGACAUCCUCUUCUCAAUCUCGGGACCAGAUAACUUUCUCUCUACCCGUCCCCACCCCUCUCGCUGGGACAACAAACACAACAUUGGGGAGUAUUUCCUACAAAAUCGUGGCGACGGCAGUGACAGCAGAUGAAAUUUCCAUCAGCACAACCCGCCCAAUCCAUAUUGCACGGCAGCUCGUCAUGGAAAGCCCCAAAACCAUCCCACAUGUCUGCCGGUUCCCCAAAACCAGCGCAGUGACCGAGCUCACCCUACAACACAACCUCCCUAGCUCGGGGCAAAAACACUCAUUCGAGGCUGUGAUGUUUCUUCAAUGGAUCACAGCACCGGCAGUCCGCCCGACCGAGUUCAAAACUCUGGUGGUGCGCGAGAUUAACUGGCGCAUCGAAGAAACCACCCGGUUGAUGCGCCAAUCCAGCGGCAGUUACGGCAAUAAACCACAGAAGAAGAGUGCCGCCUGCACGAAAGAGCGCACAGAGAAGGACGUCCCCGUCCGCAUUCCGUUCGAAUUGACCCUGCCGGACAGGGAAGCCGCGGUGGAUGUGGAUUCGUCGUGCUCAGAUGACAAUAGUCAACCUUUGACCCAGGAUAUCCUCUCCAUCGCGGUCGAGCGUCGCAUCAGACUUGAUAUCUUCACUGGUGAAGACACUUUCGAUCGACGCUCCCGUCACCUUGUGGAUCGGAAGCCGCGCUGCAGUGUCUCCAGCGCAUCUUUCUUGCUUCCCAUUGACAAACCUCUGGUACAUACUGCUGCUGCCACUUUGUUUAAUGAUGUGUUGCCGACAUAUCAAGAUGUCUCGGGGGCACCCCCAGGGUACUCGUGA